AUGUCCCAGGUCUUCCUUAGGGUCUCGAACAACCAACCCCCUUCCAAAACACCACCUUUGUUCGCGUUGAGCAAGGAAAGAAAGAAAGAACCGGGGAGACUGAUUGAUAUUGGCGAACAGGAACAAAUUGACGAUCUGGCGGCUAUGUCUCGGGAAUAUGAGAAACAGGAAGCCCUGCGCAUGACGAACCAGGGAAAUAACACUUCUUCUUCCACUGCCAAUAACAAUGGUGGCGGUUCUUCGGAUCGGCAGCAGAGAGAGCCCUAUAUCAAUGAGAUCGUCCCAGUGGACCCAGGCCGGACGCGCAGACGCACGGAAUCCGAUUCUCGGGGCAGCCGUUGA